AUGAAGGCCUCCGCUGUCGCCGCGGCCCUCGUCCUCGGCGCCUCCUCCGCCAUCGCCGCCCCCUCGCUCAAGGCUCGCGACGAUGUCACCCCCGUCACCGUCAAGGGCAAUGCCUUCUUCAAGGGUGACGAGCGCUUCUACAUCCGGGGUGUCGACUACCAGCCUGGUGGCUCCUCCGACCUCUCGGACCCCAUCGCGGACGCCGACGGCUGCAAGCGCGACAUCGAGAAGUUCAAGGACCUCGGCCUCAACACCAUCCGUGUCUACUCCGUCGACAACUCGAAGAACCACGACGAGUGCAUGAACGCCCUGGCUGACGCCGGCAUCUACCUCGUCCUCGAUGUCAACACCCCCAAGUACUCCCUCAACCGCGCCGACCCCAAGGCCUCCUACAACGAUGUCUACCUCCAGUACAUCUUUGCCACCGUCGAUGCCUUUGCCAACUACAAGAACACCCUCGCCUUCUUCUCCGGCAACGAGGUCAUCAACGAUGGUCCUUCCUCCAAGGCCGCCCCCUACGUCAAGGCCGUCACCCGUGACCUGCGUCAGUACAUCCGUAGCCGCAACUACCGCUCCAUCCCUGUCGGUUACUCGGCGGCCGACAUCGACACCAACCGUCUGCAGAUGGCCGAGUACAUGAACUGCGGUACUGACGACGAGCGCUCCGACUUCUUUGCCUUCAACGACUACUCCUGGUGUGACCCCUCUUCCUUCACCACCUCCGGCUGGGACCAGAAGGUCAAGAUGUUCACCGGCUACGGUCUCCCCCUCUUCCUCUCCGAGUACGGCUGCAACACCAACACCCGCAAGUUUGAAGAGGUCAGCGCCCUCUACUCCACCAAGAUGACUGGCGUCUACUCGGGUGGUCUCGUCUACGAGUACUCCCAGGAGCCCAGCAACUACGGUCUCGUCAAGGUCCAAGGCUCCAAGGUUUCCACCCUGCCCGACUACGAUGCUCUCAAGUCCGCCUUUGAGAAGACCAACAACCCCGAGGGUGAUGGUGGUUACAACAAGACUGGCGGUGCCAACCCCUGCCCCGCCAAGCAGGCCCCCGCCUGGGAUGUCGACAACGAUGCUCUGCCUGCCAUCCCCGAGCCCGCGAAGAAGUACAUGACCCAGGGAGCCGGCAAGGGCGCUGGUUUCUCCGGCAAGGGCAGCCAGGGCGCCGGCACCUCCUCCACUGGCACCGCUGCUCCUGGCUCCGGCUCGGCCACUAGCGGUAGCAGCAGCUCGGCCACCUCGUCCGGCAUUGCCGCGGGUCUCCAGGUUCCCCGCCUCAGCAUGGCUCCCUUCGUCGUCGGCGCCAUCACGCUGAUGUCGACCCUCUUCGGUGCCGGCCUGGUUCUGGUUUAA